AUGUCCGCUCGCACGUCCUCAGCUCCAACUGCUAGUAGCUCGCGUCCUACGUCGCGCUCGACUCAGCGGUCUGCCUCUCGCUUCUCUCAUCGUCCUUUUCCAAAGCAGUCAUCUCGCUUAGUGCCUCACUACCAAGCACUUGUCAAGGAAGUUACAGGAUUGACUGCUGAGAACGACUCAGAUCGCUUCCACACCGCUGUCGACCACGUAUCCAAAAGGUUAAACCAGACAGUCAGGCCGUCCGGUAGCUACGACAUUGCCUCAGCAAGAAAACACAUAGCUGGACAUAUUGAGAAAGCUCGCAUCAAUUCUCACAAUGGUUUGGCAAGUGCAAUGAGAAGUGCCUUUGAAAGAUUGCAGAACCUCAUGAAAGAAAGCGAUGACCUGGAUGCGGAGAUUAAGAUCUCGCUCUCGCUCCCUCCAUCGUCGGAUACUCUGUGGUAUGCCGAAGAAUACCUGAAUAGCUUACAGAAUCCUUCAAAAGAUCAGCCCACAUUAACCUGGAAUGAUAUUAUAGCGGAGGAACCCUUCGAAGGCGAGCAUUGGGAAGGCGUGUAUGGUAUGAAUGGUGCAAGAACCCCUAGUGGAGGGAGUACUCCUUCGCUUUCUCCAUGGGAGGAUUUAGAUGAGUUGGAUGACUUGGACGAUUCCUCAUCAUCGUCCAACCCGGUUGAUUCCGCGGAAGAAUCGAGUUCUCCGCUUCAAAGUAAGGAGAAGUCAGGCAUUCAGGACCGCUCAUUGGCUACCUAUGACCAUCGCCAGGACGUUGAAGAUCUCCAAGGGAGACAAUACUGGCGAACGGAAUGGCGUAUCGAUGUAUCUACCACCAGACCAUUCAAUAUUGGAGAUGCGUCGACGUUAGGUCCAUCCACGCAGCGCAUCCUGACUGAUUGGAGAACACUGCAGAUUGCCAAGCUCGAGCAGGAGGCCAUUCGAGAAGUUCUCAUGGGGUUACAAGGCCGAAGAAAUAUCACGAUGGAGUGGACCUACACCGGCGACCACCCGCUUUCUUUCAUACCCACCUCGACCCACCGCCUUCUUCAUCUCACCUCCGCCAGCCAGCAUUCAAUCAUAUCCUCAUUCGCACGAUUAGCGACCAUUGUCGAGCAUCUACGGAAGUUCGUCGUAGCCAUAUUCCAGAGUGCAUCCCUUGCUCCAGUGGACCGGAGUCAGAACAUAUCCUGGCACCAGAACCAACGACGGACUACUCUCAGUCUCGAAGCGUUAUCCUCAGCCAUCGACGCUCAAAUUCGCGGAUUCGAUACAUGGUGUGCUGCGAGAGAAGAAGAAAUGUGCAAAGCGCAAGCGGGCGUUGGCCCGCCUCUCGUUGUCAGCCUGCUGAGCAUGGACAAGGCAAUUAGGGACAGAUUCUUUGCAACGUUUGCAGUGCUAUUGACGGUCGUGCGCGAUGUGGCCACUGAGGCAGCACGGAACCCGGAGCCUUUGAAGGAGAUUUGGACCUUGCCGGAUCUGCCGCCCAAGAUGUCUCCAUCGACUUUCAGCACUCUGCUACUCAACUCACUGCUUGAUGCUGCCCAGAAGCACUUCUCGAUGGGAGAUGUCGUGACCUGCGACGCGUUAAUGCAAGUUUUUGGUGAAACUGCUGAACCUCUCUGGAGCAUGAUGGGCCGUUGGAUGAAGGAUGGCAUGUCAACCAGAGAAGUCGCUAGUCUCAGCAGAGAAAGACAGCAGACUCCUGGAGACCUCGACGAUGAAUUCUUCAUUGAGGAUAACGAACUGCCGAUGCUGGAUCCAGAUUUUUGGUCUGACGGCUUCGUGCUUCGAGGUGGACAAAGGGACCAGGACGACGACAGGCCGAUUUCAGUGCCGACUUUCUUGACCCACAUCGCGAAGUACGUUCUCGAAGCUGGUAAAGCGAUCGGACUCCUGCGAGCCCUUGGGGUCCCGAGUACCUUCGAGCGUGAAGUCGAGCAGCAAUGGAUGGCAAGCUGGCGGCCUUUUCGUGCACUCCUUGGUGACCGAGGAAUGGGAGCUAACCGCGCUGUUUCUGUGCAACAGAUGGUAGCCGUUCGGUCUACGGAUGACCUGUCUCGACUGAUCUAUGACGAGAUUCUUCCUCACAGCCUGGCUGCCCAAGAGAUGUUACAGAAGGUCCUGGUCGAGGAGUGUGACCUGUGGCUGCAUCUCGCUGCCAUGGAAGACUUGUUCCUGAUGAGGAGAGGUGAUGCGAUGUCGAACUUUGUCGAUAGACUGUUCGCAAGGAUGGACACUAGGAAGGCGUGGAACGACUUCCAUUUCCUAAAUAGUGCAUUCCACGACGUCGUACAAGCCGGAUCGCAUAAGUGGAUCGACGCUUCCCUCGUGAGGUUUUCGCACAGAGGCAGCAGGGACAAGACCAUCACCAGGACCAUCAAAGCCAUCGAUGGUCUCCUUAUCGAAUAUGCCGUACCGUUCCCACUGACGUAUAUCUUUGCUCCGCGAGUGAUGCAAGUUUACUCGUCCAUAUUCUGCUUUAUACUGCAGAUUCGCAGGGCGAAGAGCGUGCUGGAGCGGAUCUUAAUACGCAGUACGGUGGCAAACAUGCCCCAUGUCGGAAGUGAGAUGAAAUUGUUUUACGCCAUGAGGAGUAAGCUUUCGUGGUUCGUCAACACGCUGCUGAACUUCGUCGCGACGAACGUCUUGCAUACGCAAGUGCUCAACUUCCAUAAUGCACUGAAGAAGGCGAAGUCUCUAAACGAGAUGAUUGCGCUUCAUGAUGAACACCUGGCCAAAAUCGAAGGGCGCUGCUUACUGCAGAAAAACACUAAUGCACUGUACCGCUCCAUCAUCUCUAUCCUCGACAUGUGCUUGCACUUCAGCGAUUAUUUCGUCACGUUCGCGGGCGACACGACGCACGACAUCUCUCGCCAUUCCAUCCUUAUCGCGAAGCGCCACCGCAGCCGCCGGGUACGGCGCCAGCGCAAAGACAUCAUCGGCUUUUCGCACACGCUACGUGAAGUCGUCGACAGCAGUUCUGAAAGCGAGUCUGACUUGGACGAAGAUGCUGCGGACGCACCAGAGCCGUCGUUCUCCUUGGGCGCGACGAUGACGUCAAUGGAGGGAGACGACUUCAUCGAGCGUUUACAUACGAUGUCGAAGGACUUGGAUGCGAUCGUGCGGUUCAUCCGGCGCGGUGUCGAGAGUCUCGCAGCGGGCUCCGGUGAGGCGGCCUCCGCGUUUGGUAUAUUCGCAUUUGCAUUAGAAGACUGGGAUAGGUAG